CUUUAUCUAGCAUAUAUUUUCUUUUCUUUUUAAUAGCAAAUAUCUUUGCUUUCAGCUUACUUGUUUCAGAGUAAAUUCUGUCAGAAGCUUGGGCUUCUCUAGGGGUGUUAAAGAAAGUUCUGCUUAUGUCCACCAAAUCCUUCUCAAUUCACUGGAAUUUCAAAUCCCUGUUUCCAAAUACCUGUUUUCUCCAGUUUCCUCGCAGAUGCUCUGCCAAUGCUCUACCACUAUCCUUCUCUCACUACCAAAGAAUCCAUUCCCCCAAGCCAUACCUUCCUCAACCUCCAUUGGCUCAACCCAAUCCCAGUAACCAAACUCCUCGUGAUAUAACACAAGCCCAGGAAUCCGUUUCCGAGUAUCUCCAAGAACUGGGGAUUUCCUUUGAGGAAUCCAUUUCCAUAGCUUCUAAUUCCCCAAAGUACACGCAAAUGCUAGUGGAUGGUGUUAAGGAACUGGAGGAAUGGAAUGCUUGGAAUAAUAAUAUUGAAGGAGAGAAUUUGGGGUUUAAGGAAAUGGUCAUUUAUAUGGCCAAGGAGAAGGGUGAUAAUGGCAAAGUUGCCUUUUUGGAGAGUGCGGGUCUGUCUCUCGCUUCUGCAAUGGGUGUUGCGCGUUAUUUGUCUUCAGAAUCUCUUCCCAGUUUAAUUCAUAAGGUUAAGUAUAUGAAGGAAAUAAUCUUUUCUAGCAGUGAUGAUAAAGGGCUAAGUGGGAAAAAUGCUCGCCGAAUGAUGAUGCACUUGUCAAUUGCUUCUGAUGAAGAUGUGCAACAAACCUUAUCCUUCUUUGAGAAGAUUGAAGCAAGAAGAGGUGGUAUAGACAUGUUGGGCUCAGUAGAUGCAAGUUUAAGAUAUCUGUUGGAAUCGUUUCCACGUCUUUUAUUGUUGCCAGUGGAGUCCCAUUUGAAACCUAUUGUUGAAUUUCUUGAAAAUAUUGGAGUUCCAAGGAGAUCUAUGGGAAAAGUAUUUUUGUUGUUUCCACCAGUCUUGUUUUACAAGAUUCAGGGCAUCAAAACAAAAGUUUUGGCUUUCGAAAAGGUUGGUGCAACUUAUGAAGAUGUUAGGAAAAUGUUGCUAAAAUAUCCAUGGAUUCUUUCAACAAGCAUUCAAAAAAAUUAUGAGCAGAUCCUUUUGCUUUUUGAGGAAGAAAAGAUACCAAAAGCAAGUGUUGACCGGGCAAUUAGAAGCUGGCCUCAUUUAUUGGGUUGUUCAACAAGCAAGCUAAAGUUGAUGGUGGAUCAAUUUGGUGAAUUAGGUGUUAGAAACAAAAAGUUGGGUCGGGUUAUUGCCAAAAGCCCCCAACUAUUAUUAAGGAAACCUCAGGAAUUGCUCCAGGUUGUUCUAUUUUUGGAAGGUCUAGGUUUUGAUCGGGAAAAUGUAGGGAAGCUACUUGCUCGCUGUCCUGAAAUUUUUGCUGCCAACGUUGAUAAAACUCUGAAGAAAAAGGUUGAAUUCCCUGCACAGCUUGGUAUUUCCAAUGACCACCUUCCUCAGGUCAUCAAAAAAUAUCCGGAGCUUUUCGUGUCUGAUGUGGACAAAACUUUGCGUCCUCGCAUCAAGUACUUGAUGGAGAUAGGACUGUCAAAGAGGGAGAUUGCUUUAAUGGUCCGUAGGUUUUCUCCAUUACUAGGAUACAGCAUUGAGGAGGUAUUGAGACCCAAACUCCAAUUCCUUUUGGACACCAUGGGUAAGCCCGUAAAGGAUGUUGUGGACUAUCCAAGGUUCUUCAGUUAUUCAUUGGAGAAGAAAAUAAAACCCAGAUUCUGGGUUCUCAAGGGAAGAAAUAUUGAAUGUAGCUUAAAAGAUAUGUUAGGCAAAAAUAAUGAGGAGUUUGCUGCUGAGUUUAUGGGUGUUGGAAGGAGGCUUGAUUCUCCAUCCUCACAUCAAUGAAUUGUUGUAACAUUGAAGUGUUUUGUAAAUGGUGGAUUUAUAGCCAAUCUGUUGAGCACAUAUCAUCACAUUUUGCCAUUGA